AUGAACGGAGCCACGAAGACUUUUGUGCUCUUCCCCGAAGCACUGCAGGAGCCUCCGGAUCCCUGGGAUUUCCAGGAAUUUUGGGGAAUCCCAGAAAUUUUUAUCGUGGCAGAUUUGGAAACUAUGGUACGAGCAAGACGCUUGUAUAGUCAUAACUUAACAAUGAACAUGUUAUGUGUAUUAACUUGUGCUUUUGUAGGAAUGGUUUUGAACCACGCUUUUACUUCGGUGUUUGACACCCUAUGGGCGUCAUUUGUUACCGAUGGACCUGGUAAUCACUCCAUUGAUUACAAAACGUUAUAUGAAGAUUGCGUCUACGAGGCGGACUGGCCUUCACCAAUGGUGGCAGGAAUUGGUGUCACCAGUCUUGUUGUUGGUGCUUGUCUGGGUGGGUUCGCUUACAGGAGACGCAAUUUUGGAAAGAAUUCUUAUGAAAAGAACGACGACUCGGAAAUAGAGGAGAGCAAUGUAGAAACGAUGAUGUCGCAAGAAGAACAGGGCCAACUGCAAUAUGAGAACGAACAGCAAGAUGGUACGGAUAAUUCUGAAAUCGCAAACAUCUUGCGUCGUCAAGAAGAACUACUGGUGGAAAAUGAGCAGUUACACGAAGAACUGAGAGAAGCCAAACUUCAUGGAAAUACAAUGGAAAAUCUAAUGGAAGAAGCUCAGGAGGAAGUAAUGGCUUUAAAGAACGACAUCGUGGCAAUGGAAGACCUUCAUCGGGAAGAAUUGAGUGAGGUUUCCAGCCGUGGAAACGAAAUGGAGAAGCUGCUAGAAGAGGCGCAGGAGGAGGUGCUGACGAUGAAGAAGAACAUCGUGGAGACAGAAGGCGAUCAUGAAAAGAGGUUACGAGAGAAAGAUGAUGAAAAUGCGGCGUUACAAGAAGCCUUACAGAGGGCUUUGGAGCAGGAACGGAAAACGAAUCGACUACUGAAAGAGGCCGAGGACCUGACUGAAACUCUGCAGCGUCGUCUGGUGGAGAAAGAUCACUUGAUAAAGCAGAAGGAGGAAGAAAAAGUUCAUGAUUCCUCGCAAGAAAACGACAAAAGGAACAGAGAGGAGGAUGAGAGACUGAACUCGCUUCGAAAGCAGAUGGAAGAGGAAGUUACUAGAAGGGAGAAAGAAGCGAGCUCGCUCUUGAGGGAAGUCAUUCAAAAGGAAAAGGAGUUCAACUUGUACAUGGCGAAGGUGAAGAAAGAAGUGGAGGACAAGGAGAAGAGUCUGGUGCAGAGAGGAAAAGAACUUGAUAAGAAGCAUUCGAAAUUACAAGAAAUGAAGAAAGAGAUGAAAAAUGAAGAGAAGAGAUUAAAAGAGGAAGAAAAGCAACAGCUGAAGGCAGGAAAGAAACAGCCAAAGGUGGGACAUGGGAAACAAGGGAAGCAGCCUAAAACCAAAGAGGACUUUCUAUUGGAAAGAAGAGAGACGGUCCUCUUGGAAGGAAGAGAAACGGUCCCCUUGGAAGGAAAAGAGGCGGUCCACUUGGAAUCGGAUGAAUUAAAGCGAAGGGAAGCAGCCGUCCUGGAUACAGAGAAGAAUCUCCUUCUGUUCGACAAAGAAUUACAAGGCAAACAAGAAGCUGUCUUGAAACUGGAAAAGGAUCUCAUUAGAUUCGAUGAAGAGUUACAGGCGAAAGAAGAGGCUGUAACGAUAACACUCAAUAAUCUUUUAGGAUUGGAGGAGAAUUUGAAGGCAAGAGAAGAAGCUGUCCUAAAAGUGGAAGAGGGUCUCUUUAACCUUGAAAGAGAAUUGAAGGCGAAGGAAGAGUCUAUCCGCCAACAAGAAUCUCUCUUAAUGGAGGAUAAGUUGAGACUGAAGGAAAGAGAAGACUACUUACAAGAGGAAAUAGCAAGGAAGCUCAUCCAAAAUGAGGUAGGAGAGGCCAGCUGUGAAAAAGUAGAAAAUGUGGACGAUUUGCCCGAGGAGAAGAAAUGUAAAUCACAGAGAAAUAGACAGAGAAAAAAGAGGCAGGAAAAACAACAAGACGGUUUAGAGAAGGAAAACGUUGUUGUUUCAGAAGCAGCAGACAAUACAGAAUUAGAAGGGGAAGUAGGAAGGACUAGAUAUGAGACACAUUCAGGAGAGGAAAAUUCAGUACCUGUUGAGGAGGAUAUGGCCGAAAUUUCCAUUGCCAACCCCUUCAGCUUACUGUCUGAAGUGGAACAUAUGGAAAAUGAAUGUGUUGAGGAGGAGGGAAAGAGAGGUAAAGCACAGAGAAAUAGACAGAGAAAAAAGAGGCAGGCAAAACAAGACUGUGUCGAGAAGGAAAAUGUGGUUGUUUCAGAGGCAGCAGACAAUACAGAAUUGGAAGGGGUACAUGUUGAAAGUGAACCUGAAGUAGAAGGGACUAGAUGUGAGACACAUUCAAGAGAGGAAAAGGCAGUACCUGUUGAGGAGGAAAUGGCCGAAUUUUCCAUUGCCAACCCCUUCAGCUUACUGUCUGAAGUGGAACAUAUGGAAAAUGAAUGUGUUGAGGAGGAGGAGAAGAGAGGUAAAGCACGGAGACAUGGAAGGAAUAGAAAGAGGAAGGAAAGACAGGAAAUGAAGGAAAGACAGGAAAUACAGGACCAGCCUGAAACUGUACCUGUAACAGGUGAAGCAGAUUUAGGCCUACAGGAGGUGAACAAUGAGGAAAAACCUGAAUUCUUCAUUGCUGAAGAAUCUGAACAUGCUAAAGAAUCGGGAAAUUCUAAAGAGGCAGAGGAAUCAGAAGACGAUAAGGAAAAGUCGUUAAUAACAGAUAGCACAGAAGAAAAAGAAUCGCUUGAGAAGGAGAAAAGAGGUAAAGCACGGAGGAAUAGAAGGAAAGGAAAGAGGAAGGAAAGACAGGAAAUACAGGACCCGCCUGAAAUUGUACCUGUAAUAGGUGAAGCAGAUUUAGGCUUACAGGAGGUGAGCGAUGAGGAAAAUUCGGGAUUCUUCAUUGCUGAAGAAUCUGAACAUGCCAAAGAAUUGGGUGAUUCUGAAGAGGUGGAGGAAACAGAAGACGAUAAGGAAAAGUUGUUAAUAGCGGACAGCAUAGACUCAGAAGACAACAAGGAGUCAGAAGAUGAUAAAGAACCAGAGGAGGAUGGAGAAUCUGAUGAUGGAGAAUUUGGAAAGGAGGUCGAAUUGGAACAUGAUGAGGAAUUAGCUAAAGAAGAGUCAGAUAUUGGAGAGGAGGAACAAGGCGAUGAAGAAGAGGAUGAUGGGAAACCAGAACAAGAUGAAGAAUCAGACGAGGGAGAAUCAGAGGAUGAGGAAUCAGAUGACAAAGAAGAAUCAAGAGAUCCCAGGCCUAAGGCUCAAUCUCAGGGUAAACCGUUUGUAUGGCGGAUUCCAGGGCUGCCCCGGAAAAGAAUUCCAGGACGAAAGAAGCAGAGGCCACCGAGUCCGAAGCCAAAAAAAUGUCGAAAGAAGACCAAGGAGAAGAAUCAGUUGAAACAGACUCGGGCACAGUUCCAGCAGACGGCUGCGAAGAAUCAGUUCCAGAGAGGAAAAAGAUGGGAAGGGCAAUCCUUGCCCCUGCCGGCAGAGUCUGUCCUCCUGGCCUGUUGGGGAAGGGCAGCUGUUGGCUCCAAUGGAGGAGAACGUCCACAUGCCCAGUUGGGCACAGCAGUGCUUGUCCCCAAUGGAGGACUCCGUCCACCUGCCUCAUUGUUGGGCAAGGUACUGUCCUCUACUGGUGGAGCCCUCCUGCAUGAUUCAAUGGAGAGGCGCAGCCACUGGCCUCUAUUGUGGGAGCCCUUCUGCAUGCUUCGAUGGGGAAGUAAGACACUGGCCUCUAUUGAUGGAGCCAUUCUGCUUGCUUCGGUGAUGAAGGAAGCCACUGGUCUACACUGGUAG